AUGCCAAGAUCAAAGCGUACUAAGUUGGUUACAUUGGCCCAAACAGAUAAGAAGGGCAAAGAGAACAAAACCCGUAUAUUUGAUGAUGUUAGAAGUGGGUUGGAUGAAUAUCAGUAUUGUUGGGUGUUACAGCUUGAUGAUGUGAGAACACCUGUUUUGCAAGAUAUUAGAUCAGAUUGGACUGGGUCCAAGUUAAUAAUGGGUAAGAGAAGAGUCUUGGAAAAGGCAUUGGGUGAUAAGCCGGAAGAUGAAUACUUGGAUGACUUACAUAAGUUAUCUAAAGUUUGUACUGGGAUGCCAGGUUUACUUUUAACUAAUGAAUCUCCUGAAACCGUUAAAAAUUAUUUCACUGCAUACUCCAAAAAUGACUAUUCCAGAGCCAAAUCCAGAGCUCCUAUUGAUUUCACUAUUCCUGCCGGUAUUGUCUAUUCCAGAGGUGGUCAAAUUCCCCUCGAAGAAGAUGUUCCAAUGUCUCAUUCAUUGGAAGAAACCUUAAGAAACAAAUACAAGAUGCCUACCAAGAUGAAGGCUGGUAAGAUUACUCUCGAACAACCUUUUGUUGUGUGUACUAAGAAUGAACUUUUAGAUGUCACCAAAGCCUUGAUCUUAAAGCAAUUUGGUGUUGCUGCUAGUGAAUUCAAAGUCGGUAUGAUUGCAUUCUAUGAUAAGGAAACCAGUCAAGUAACCAAGAUUGAACAGGAAUAA